ACCAUGGCCCCUCAGCAAACAGGUAGCAGGAAACGGAAAGCUUCAGAGGUUGAACAGGGCGCUGGGACUUCUUCUUCGCCUGGGCGGGCGGCUGCGGCGGCGGGGACAGGCCAAGCGGAUGGGCCAUUGCUGCUGGCCAAGAGGCCCCGGCGGCCCGUGGCUCGCCGCUCAGUGGUGCACUACCUGAAGGGCCGCGCACUGGGCACCGAUGGCCACCCGGGGCUCGUGGGCUUCGAGGGCGACCUGCGCAGUUAUGGGGUCCUUAGACUGCCUGAGCUGCUGAGGGAGCGCCAGCUGGCCCUAGGCCCCCUCAACAAGGUGUUCGCGUCCCAGUGGCUCAAUGCCAGGCAGGUGGUGUGUGGCACCAAGUGCAAUACACUCUUCGUGGUUGAUGUCCAGAGUGGUCGGAUCACUCGCAUUCCCCUGUUGCGAGACAGAGGGCCUGGACAAACCCGUGACCAACCCACCUGUGGCAUCCAUGCCAUCCAGCUGAAUCCAUCAAAGACCCUCCUAGCUACAGGAGGUGAAAACCCCAACAGUCUAGCUGUCUACCAGCUACCCACACUAGACCCUGUGUGUUUAGGUGACCGCCAAGGCCACAGGGACUGGAUCUUUGCCAUCGCAUGGAUGAGUGAUACUGUGGCUGUAAGUGGCUCGCGAGAUGGUACCGUGGCACUCUGGCGGGUAGAUCCUGACAUGUUCAAUGGCAGCAUUCAGGGCUGGCACAAUAAUUCAGGGAUCCCACGGUAUUCACACAUUCGUCCAAGGGACAUGGAGGCCAUCCCAAGGGCAACUACUAACCCGGGUAACCGCAAAGUGCGAGCCCUUGCAUUCAGUGGCAGAAACCAAGAGCUGGGGGCUGUGUCCCUGGAUGGCUACUUCCAUCUGUGGAAAGCCCGGAGCUCCCUGUCCAGGCUGCUGUCCCUAAGGCUGCCCUACUGCAGGGAGAAUGUGUGUCUCACCUACUGUGAUGAGUUGUCCCUCUACGCUGUGGGUUCUCAGUCUCAUGUUUCCUUCCUGGAUCCAAGACAACGCCAGCAGAACAUCAAGCCCUUGUGUUCACGAGAAGGAGGCACUGGUGUUCGUUCUCUAAGUUUCUACCAGCACAUCAUCACUGUGGGCACUGGACAUGGCUCUCUGCUCUUCUAUGAUAUCCGUGCCCAGAAGUUCCUGGAGGAAAGGGCCUCAGCCAGUCCAGAUUCUUUUCUUGGGCGCACAGGGAGGAAGCUCAAACUCACUUGUGGCAGAGGCUGGCUCAACCAAGAUGAACUCUGGGUGAACUACUUUGGGGGCACUGAGGAAUUCCCCAAUGCGCUCUACACUCACUGCUACAACUGGCCUGAGAUGAAGCUCUUUGUGGGUGGAGGUCCACUCCCUUCAGGCCUCCAUGGCAACUACGCAGGCCUCUGGAGCUAAAGCUCUUUGCAAAGUGUAUAGAUUUAUCCUCGAGUUCAGGCUAACAUUCUUUGCAUAUGUGCUUUUGUGUGAUGUGAGUAUGCACACGCCUGAUUGUAUGUGUGACUUAUUUUUAAAGUGGAAUUGACCCAAUGUUCUAGUGCCCAACCACAGAGAGAAGGAAAAGAGAAAGGAGAGAAGUAGAGGAA